AUGCUUAAUUCAAACAGUUUGAUGAAUAUCACCAUCCAUCUUAAUGAAAUAUCUACUCAUAUAGCAGAAUAAAUAAAAAACCAAAGUGAGUAGGUUCAACUAAUAUAUACAGAAAAGUAAAAAACCUUAGAAAAAUUACAAAAAUCACUAGAGAAGAUGAAUCAACUGAUAUCUAAAAUGUGUGAUAAAUAACUUCCAUAAAGAAUCAAUUAGUUUCAAAUUCUCUAGAAUCAGUAAUAUAAAUAUGAACUUUAAAUCGAAGAAGAUUUAGAGCUUCCAUGUUAUAGAAACAGAAUAUUUCAAAUCAAACUUAGGCUUGUUUAGAAUUAAAAAACAAUAAUCAAUUCAAAUAAUCUCCUUGUUGAAUUGCAAAUGUAAGAAUAGCAAGUAAUAUUAGUUGGACUUAUGACAAGAUUCCUAAAAAACUAACCCAUAAUAACAAAAACCAAUCAAUAUUCAAAGGAUGUUAAUAGACUAUAAUUAAAAAAGGCUAUGGAAGCUUAAGUAGGAUUUAGAUUAAGGAAGUUUCCUCCCAUUUUCCAAAAGGAGCAUUUCUAAUGGUUAUAUUACCAAUAGAUGAUGGAGCUGUUAUUGGGGAUGAGAGGUAAAAGUAUAAUUUUAGUAUAUAGUAAAUUUUUAAUCAAAAAAGAGUGGAUAAAGCCAUUAAUUAUAAAUGAUGUUGCUGUAAAGGCAAAAAAGUUUUCUGAUAGACAUAACCCUUAUUAUGUCAAGUCAGAUGGAACAAUAAACAUUUAGGAAUAGGAAUGA